AUGGGCAACGCGUUCGCGUGCAUGCCGCGCAAGGAGCAGCGGGGCGCGGCCUUGGUGUCGCGCAGCAAGCGGAUGGGGAGCGCGCGGUCGGCGCGCGGCGGGCCCAAGCUCACGCCCGCGGAGGAGGAGCUCCUGCACCGCCAGGCGCUGGCCAUGGCCAUCCACCAGCACCUCGACGCCGGCGGCUCCAUGUCGCGCCGCAUCGACGCCGGGGCCUCCCUGUCCCGGCGCAUGGGACCCGGCUCCACCAGCUCCCGCCGCCGCGGCGACCUGCCGGACUCCGUUACGAAUGCCAAGCCCGCCCCAAUUGUUCUGGAGAAUUUGGAAACAAAGAAAAUUGUCCUUGUUCAUGGAGAAGGUUUUGGUGCUUGGUGUUGGUACAAGACCAUCUCACACUUGGAGGAAGCUGGUUUAGAUCCUGUUGCCUUAGAUCUCACAGGUUCUGGCAUAGACCAUACUGAUACAAACAGCAUAGCUACAUUAGCAGAUUACUCCAAGCCAUUGAUUGAUUACCUUGAUAAACUUCCUGAAGAUGAGAAGGUUAUUUUGGUCGGCCAUAGUUGCGGAGGUGCAAGUGUGUCAUAUGCAUUGGAGAAAUACCCCAAAAAGAUAUCAAAGGCGGUGUUUCUUACAGCUACGAUGGUGAAGGAUGGCCAGCGGCCCUUUGAUGUGUUCUCUGAGGAACUCCGGUCAGCAGAUGUUUUCUUGCAAGAAUCACAGUUUUUAGUUUAUGGAAAUGGAAAGGACAAGCCUCCUACUGGGCUGAUGUUCGAUAAACAGCAGAUCAAGGGGCUUUAUUUCAAGCAAACACCUUCCAAGGUGAGUACAUUGUGUUCUACCAUUAUGCAACCAGAACCUGUUAAAAGAUGUAUUGUAUCCAGCAUUCUCAUGCCAGCCUGUAUUUCCAGUUGA